AUGCUCAUCAAGCCACUCUCCCUCCUCCUGGCCCCCGUGGCCCUGGUUGCCGCCAAGUCAUUCACCCUGCUCGCCUACACCUCCGGGCCCUUUGAAGACUGCACAAAGAGCCCCGAAGAGCUAACCAUCAACGCGCGCGACGGCCGCUUCUGGAUCGGCGCCCUCCGGCCAACGACGCACUGCCCAGACUUCUCCGGCGCCAACUGCCCGCCCGGCAACACGACGGUCGUUGAUGACUUGUUCAGACAGCUACAGAUCUCCAAGCAGGGUGGCCAGAGAGUCUACGCCGACCCCGACGGUGUCAUCUCCUACACCCCCGGCGGCGACAGCGCCAUCACGGCGAUGCCGCCCGGCUCCAACUUCAACGCCUUUGUCAAGACAUCCGUCAAGGCCCCCCAUAUCAAGGGGACCCAUCUGCUGCGGUUCUACACGUUCGGCGGAGACCCCGCCUACUCCAACAUCUAUGCCUGCCCCGACAACAAGGCGGGUGGGUUGUCUUAUCUCAGGGCCCGGUGGACUUCGAAACCGGACGCGGUGUGGGACAGCCAGUGUGUCGCCUUGGAUGGCGUGUUGGCCGUUCCGAGUGAGGCCAAAGUCGGGGCGUACGAGUACACCAGAGCUUAA